AUGGCAAAAUUGAAAGAGAAGAAAAAAUUAUCACUAGAAGAAGAAAAGGUACGGCACGAAGAAGAAGAAGAAGAAGAAGAACAGAACCCUGCUACAAAAUCGAGGAAAAAGACGAAGAAAAAGAAAAAGGAGCAAAUAGAUGUGAAAAUCCAGACUGUUGCUGAAAAGAAAGAUAAAAUCUCCCCAAUAAUCGGCUACUUCCCUUCCGGUUAUGACCCGUUGAAGAACCACAGCGAACCAGAAGCAAGUGUCAAGGUUUAUAGGAAUGUGAAGAAGAGUAAUCGGCUGCAAAUGGUGGUGAGCCCCCAUGGAUCCUCGGUAGAUUUUGUUGGGACGAAUUAUUCCGGUGAAGCCACAGCACCACAGCUGUGCAAGUAUGCCCUUGGUGUACUGGAUAAAGAUACCCAGACGUUGAGAAUGGUUCCAAUUGAGUCGAAUAAGAUAUUUAGAUUGGAAACGAAAAUUGGAGCAGCAGACCAACCUGAAAACGAACUCCUGGAUGAAGCUAAUGAGGAAGAUGCCGCGGAGAAAAAGGCUAAUGAAUUAAAAAAAUUGACACUCAUGUAUUCAACGAAGAAGAACAUUAGACAGGAUGUGAAACGUGAUGCAUUGCGUCAAACAGGAGAUCCAGGAGUUCAUCAGGAUUUGGACUUGAAAUUACAAGAAGUCGAGACAAUCAAAGAGGCACUUGAAGCUGCUACUUCUGCAGAUAAUUCUCUAAAUAUCCCACCCUAUGAUUUGGCUGCCACUUCACCAGACAUGGCAUAUCCACUUGACAAGAUUAUUUUGAAAGGGGAGUGGGAUUACCUUCUUGACAUUUUUGAGCUUUCAUGCACCGGGGGAGAAGUGACACCGAGCAUCUACCCGAGAUUUGUCCGCAGCAGAGUUCAUCAACUGGAAGAUAUUGAGGACAAUGCAAAAAAGAGGAAGUUGGCUGGCAUAUUUUCAUACAUCACUCAUCUCAUCAAGUUCAAGGAUAAACAUUCUAUGGAUGGCGUUUUAUCUGCAAAGCACCAUAAAUUCCCGAGUAUCUUUUCCCAGAAAUUCUCUUCACUGUUUGGUACUUCAAAUGAUUCAAGAAUUCCAGAUGAGAAAAAGAAGCUGCUCAUAAGUUAUGUGUUGGUGCUCACUAUGUUCGUGGAUGAAUUCAAAUCCGACCCAUUAGAUAUAGCCGAAGAUCUUAGAAUGACACCUGUCGCACUAAGGCCCCAUUAUGAAUACUUGGGUUGCAAGUUCAGGCGCGAGAAUCAAGUUUUGGUGGCUACUCUUCCAGUCCCGCUGGAAUUUCAAACUAUUAAGAGGAAGAGAAGAAGGUAG